AUGAAUGAUUUCAAUGCGACAUUACGCAAUUUAAACACAUUUAUCUAUGUACGAACUCGUACUAAACAGAGAUACUCUGUUGGUUUUGGUAAAGGUGGGUUGCCUUCUCUGGGUUCCGGUUAUGUUACAAUUGACAACGACGACAACGCAAAUUACAACAAACACGAAAUAUUUGACUACAGCCACCUAACACACGAGGGUCCUAAAUUAAAAAAACAAAUAAAAUACGAAACUAUUUUAUUCAAAUUCUACUUUAUUUAUAUUCUUCAAAUAAUUAAAAAAAAAAUGGAACCAAGUAUCAAAGUUGAAGUAACCACAAAUAAUGAGUGUAUAUUUAAUAAUUCAAUAAAUAUUUCAAAUUACCAUAAAAUAGAUAAUUUAAUCGAAAACUUGAAAGUGAUGCAACGACAAGUCAAUGACUUCUUGACAACUUUAGUUGAAAAAGACUCUGGCAAAGGUGAAUCUCAAGAAUUAUCCAGUGGAGAUGACGAAGAAGAUUCAGAUGAUGCUGACACAAUAGACACUAAAAAAUGUAAAUUCAAACCGACCGGUUUUAAUAAGUGA